AUGAAUAAUCUUUCCUUUAGUGAGCUAUGCUGCCUCUUCUGCUGUCCACCUUGUCCAGGGAAAAUUGCCUCAAAAUUAGCAUUUUUGCCACCUGAUCCAACUUACACGCUGAUGUGUGAUGAAAGUGGAAGUCGCUGGACUUUGCAUCUGUCAGAACGAGCAGACUGGCAAUACUCUUCUAGAGAAAAAGAUGCCAUUGAAUGUUUCAUGACUAGAACCAGUAAAGGCAACAGAAUUGCCUGUAUGUUUGUGCGUUGUUCACCCAAUGCUAAAUACACUCUACUCUUCUCACAUGGAAAUGCUGUUGAUCUCGGUCAGAUGAGCAGCUUUUACAUAGGACUGGGAUCACGGAUUAAUUGUAAUAUAUUCUCAUAUGAUUAUUCUGGAUAUGGUGCAAGUUCUGGGAAACCAACAGAGAAGAACCUCUAUGCAGACAUUGAAGCUGCUUGGCUUGCUCUUAGGACAAGAUACGGCAUUCGUCCUGAAAAUGUGAUCAUAUAUGGCCAAAGCAUCGGAACGGUACCAUCUGUGGAUCUUGCUGCUCGGUAUGAGAGUGCUGCUGUUAUUCUUCAUUCUCCUUUGACCUCAGGAAUGCGAGUCGCUUUUCCUGAUACCAAGAAGACCUACUGUUUUGAUGCAUUCCCAAACAUUGACAAAAUAUCCAAGAUAACUUCUCCAGUAUUAAUAAUUCAUGGGACUGAAGAUGAAGUCAUUGACUUUUCACAUGGCCUCGCAUUGUUUGAGCGUUGCCAAAGACCUGUGGAGCCUCUGUGGGUCGAAGGUGCUGGUCACAAUGAUGUGGAACUUUACGGACAGUAUCUUGAAAGAUUAAAACAGUUUGUGUCACAGGAACUGGUAAAUUUGUAA